UUGUAACACGAACCGCGAGCCUUGCACAACGCCACCGGAUUUACGACCAAACAGAUUGGACGUCGAAAUGCACAUUCGCAAUCAGCUGAACUCGAUCAAAAGCAAUGUUUCGGCAGACGCAGUAUACCCCGCAACCUCCCUCGCUCGCCGUCCCCAGCUUGCCAUCAUCACCAUCGCCUCGUUGCUGCUGCGUGCCAGCGCCGCCCGCCAGCCAUCAUGAACGCGUCUAUGGCGAAUGUGAUUUGCAAUGCCAUGGACGCGCUGGAGCAGCACAGCAAACCCUUGACCACCAAGGACAUUCAGCACCUGCAGGCCAAGGGCGUCAUCCGCGACGUCACCAUCUACCAUGAAGGCGGGACGUCGAUUGAGCAGAUGGCCAAGGACAUGGUUCAGAGCGCCAGACCGGCAUUGCGCAGUCGAGCCCGCAACACGAAGCUGUGCGUCAUCGAAACCACCAUCAAGCGAUACCGGGCCAUGGUCAAGGACAAGAGCAAGCUGUCGGGGCCCCGGGACCACACCCAGCCGCAGCUCUCUCUCCUCGCCGCGCUGGACGCCCGCUUCAAGGUGUCGCCCGAUAUCAAGUACCUCGACGAAUGGCUGGAAUACCUCCCGGAGGCCUUCAAAACCACCCGCGGCCGCGUCUGGCGCGCCGCCAUCCGCAAGCAUUGGAGCAGAUGCUUGGAAGAGCGCGCCCUGCUGACGCUGCGAGCCGACGAAGUGGACGAGUCCAUCGCGCAGACGGAAAUGUGCAUCGAGCUAUGCGACCCGGGACGUCCACGCGCGAUGGCUCACCAGAACCACGCGCGCCUGCUCGACUGGAGAUACAGCCUCAGCAACAAUAUCGACGACCUCGCCGAGUCGAGCCAUACGCUGAUGCACGCGGCCGACGACAUCGAGGAGCGGGACGACCUGACGUCAUGGGUCAUACUCCAGGACAACCGCAUCAUCACGCUGGGCCGGACGUGGGAGGCCAUCCGCAACCAGCAGUCGCUCGUUGAGGCCAUCGCCAUGAAUGACCUGAUUCUGGCCAAAGCGGCCAAGCUCACCGCCCACGGCCUCAUGCCCAAGGUGCACUUGCACGGCGGCAUCGUACGCAAGAACUUGACGUACGCCCGUCGGGACCCGGCGGCUGUCGAUGAGGCCAUCAAGCUCUUCCACGGAGUGCUGGACUAUUCCGCGAAGACCAAGGCGGAACAAGAGCGACAGCACAAGGAAUAUUGCAACGGAAAACACCUGGGAAAAUGCUAUGGACAAUCCAAGAUACCUGACCCAGUAGGACCGGUUAAGCCUCCAGGACCCAGCAAGCAUUUCUGCGAGACGGAAUCCAUCGCCAGAAAGGAACUCGCAUGCAGCUACAUGCACAAGUUCCUCUUCGCCAGCGGAGCCAAAGCGGACGCCGACAACGCCAUCAAGUUCGCCACAAUGCCACAGCACCGAUCCUACACGAACGACGCUGCCUUGCAUCUCGUCAUGAGGUACAGCCACUUCGGCAAGAUCAAGGACCUCCAAGACGCCACGCUGAUGGCCAUCAAAGGCCUCCGCCGCACCAAGCCCCGGAGCGAGGACUUUGGACGGUACUUGUGGUUCAUCGCCAACCUGCUUCUGGAGGGAUACUGGGGCCGGCAGCGGACGCCGUCGUACUGGAUGCUGGUGCGCCAGCGACGAGUCCGCAGGGCCAGGAUCAAGCCGGCGACUGUCGGGGCGACGCCCAGAUAUCGCUACCAGUCUGCGCCGAGGCGUCAGGUGCGCCGGCUGGCAAAGAACAUCUCAUGGCAGUCGAAGCGGUGCGCGACCACGGCGCUGUUCCUCUGCAAGACGGUAGCCACGCUGCCAACUGUGUACCUCGUCAAGAUGCUUGCCACCGUCACGGCCGCCCGCAUCUUCAGCUCGGCCGGGGCGUGGGAGCGAGCCGCGGCGCAGUUCUCCCAAGCGUUUGUCUACCUGCGAUACCUCGACGUGCAGUACCUGGACUGGUCCGACAGACAGUUCUUCAUCGACCUGGUCCACGUCGGCUCCGGCACCGCGGCGUGCGCGAUGCUCGGCGCCGGGCAGGAUCCCAUCCAGGCGCUGAGGGUGCUGGACACGGGGCGGGAUAUCGUCGUCAAGUCGAUCUUCGGCACGAAGCCGAACGUAUACACGACGAAGCUCGAGAAGCACAGCGUCAACCUGUUCCGAGAGUACGCGAGUGUGCAGACGCAGACAAUAACGAGGCCCGUGGUCAAUAAGCUACUGAAAGACGGCGCAGACAAACCAUCGCCACCACCACAGCUGCACGAAUUGCUGGACCAAAGGCGUGCGCUGCAUCAACGCAUCCGCGCCAUCCCCGGCUUCGAAACCUUCCACCGCCAGCUGAGCGACGCCGAUUUCUGCGCGGCCGCCGAGCACGGCCCGAUUGUCUGCUUCGCGCUCAGCCGAGCCGGCGGGUUCUUCAUCGUCAUCACCAAGGCCGGGCUCCGGAGCGGCAAGAUGGCCGGACUGACCGAGGACAUGAUGAAGCGGGACGUGUGGAAGCUUGCCAAGCGGAAGGGCACCGACAGGCCGAGCACCAAGGAGCGGGAGCCACGGCUGCAGCUGAUGCUGAGGGCUCUGGGAGAGUGUUUGGCUCACGCCUUCAACGGGGAGUACUGGCGGGAGCGAGACGGACGCAAGGAAUUGCCUCGUGUAUGGUGGCACAUGUCCGGCGCCACCGACCUGCUGCCGCUCCAUGCAGCUGGACCGCUGUCGUUCACCCGCGAUGUCAAUCCCACCGGCGGCGCGGUAGUGGCCAAGGAUGCUCCCAAGAUGAAGCGCGUCAUCAGUCUGGCCGUGUCGUCCUAUCUUCCCUCCAUCGAGCACCUCAUCGCAGCUCGCCGCAACCGCCGCCAGAACGAUCUCCCCCCCAAGGAGUUCCGCCGGGUGCUGUUGGUUCUCAUGCCAUGGACUACUGGAUACCCCGACCUCGACGUGCUCGGCCACGCCGACGCCCUCAGGGCGAUUCUGAAGGAGGCAAACUGGCCCCCGCCGAUUGUUCUGAUCACCCCAUCCCCUGAGGAAGUCGUGAGUAUGCUCCCCCAUGCUCACUUUGUCAUCUUCGCCUGCCAUGCCGUCGCCGACCCCAUCGACCCAUCGCGCCACUGUCUGCUUCUGUGUCCCGGCCCUCAAUGCACGCCGCAGAAGCUCACCAUGAAUGAUCUCCAGGAUCUCGAGCUGAGCGAUUCUCGUCUCGCGUGCAUCCUUGGGAGCGACUCCGCCAACAUCGGUGCUGGCUUACAGAUUGCCGGGUUUCAAGAGGUAGUGGCGACGAUGUAUCCCGUCAAAGAAGCCCUUGCCCAUCGCGUGUGCGAGCGGUUCUUCCGAAAGAUCGUCGAGGCGGACGAUUUGGCGUCAUACUCUGGGUUAUUUCGGUCGGUGGUUUCGAAAAUGAGAAAUGAGACGGGUCUUUCGGGCUGGAGUUCUUUUAUCCACUUGGGAAUUUAGGAUGGGAUUGGAAUGAGGAUGGAUAAAGUGCGCAGGAAUGGGUUUCGACGCUAACGCCUUAUGACAAUCAAGUGUGCUUAAUAAAUUCGUCGUCUUAGCGGCUUGAA